AGAUGAAACAGGAAUUCCAGAGGGGAACAGAAUCGACUGCUACACCGGCAGUGUCUGUAUUUCAGGUUUUUUUUUUGUCUGAUUUGUUUUUUUUUUGUCAUUUGGCAGGUGUGCAACCAAUCACGUGUUGUGUUUAUGUAGAUAACAACAUCAUGUGAUCUGAAACAACCCUCUUAUGAUGACUGUGAUAGAAUAAGGGACAGUAGCAGCACAAUGUAUCAGUGGAGUGUUGUCCCCCUUUGUUUACUCUUGAUUGGCAGCUCUGUUGGUCAAUAUGAGCCUACGUGGGAAUCAGUUGACUCGAGACCUCUACCGGAAUGGUUCGAUCAAGCCAAAUUCGGCAUAUUCAUUCACUGGGGAGUGUUUUCAGUUCCCAGCUAUGGCAGUGAAUGGUUCUGGUGGUACUGGCAGGGCCGGAAAUUCCCGUCUUAUGUGAAUUUUAUGGAGCAGAAUUACCCACCCGACUUUUCCUACGAAAACUUUGCUUCUCAGUUUCGGGCUGAAUUCUUUGAUCCUAAAGAGUGGGUUGACAUUUUUGCCUCGUCUGGAGCCAAAUAUAUUGUCCUCACAACCAAACAUCAUGAAGGGUUUACACUAUGGGGCUCGAAAUACUCGUGGAUGUGGAACGCAGUGGAUGUCGGGCCGAAGCGGGAUCUGGUGGAUGAGAUCGCCACCGCUCUGCGGGCACACAGUGAUUUGCGUCUGGGUCUCUACCACUCUUUAUUUGAGUGGUUUAACCCUCUGUUCAAAGCUGAUGCUGACAAGUCCUUCAAAACCAAUGUGUUUCCUACGACAAAGACCCUGCCAGAACUAUAUGAGAUUGUCAACCAGUACAAACCUGAGUUGCUGUGGUCUGAUGGUGACGGAGAUGCGCCCGACUCUUACUGGAACAGCACAGGGUUCCUCGCCUGGCUUUAUAACGAGAGCCCUGUGCGUGACACUGUUGUGACCAAUGACCGCUGGGGAUACGGCACUAUAUGUAAUCAUGGCGGAUAUUACACCUGCACAGAUCGCUACAACCCCGGACACCUGCUGAAACACAAGUGGGAGAGCUGCAUGUCCAUGGACAAGAAGUCAUGGGGGUAUAGGAGAGAGGCUAAAUUCAGUGACUACCUAACCAUUGAGCAGCUGAUAGCAUCUCUUGUUGAGACCGUGUCCUGCGGGGGGAAUUUGCUGUUGAACGUGGGCCCCACACACGACGGCCGCAUCAUGCCCAUCUUUGAGGAGCGUCUGCGACAGAUGGGCCAGUGGCUCAAGGUCAACGGAGAGGCCAUUUACAACAGCAGCGCAUGGAGAGUUCAGAACGACACUGUCACUCCUGGAGUCUGGUAUACGGCGAAUCAGAAGAAUGCAAUCUAUGCUAUUUUCCUUUCAUGGCCUGAUAAUGGCUAUAUUGUUCUAAGCGACCCAGUUGUAUCAUCGUCUAAGACGCAGGUGGUGCUGCUUGGAUAUCAGUCCCUCUCGUGGGAGUCCAUGAAACCCACUGGUCUAAAGGUUCAUCUGCCCCAGCUGGCCCCCGGUCAGAUGCCCUGCUCCUGGGCUUGGACCCUGCGACUGACUGGUGCGAUGUAGCCAGAGGAUGGCGCCACAGUUACCUGUCGCCUUUAGGAAUAAUAAAGCACAUGGCUGUC